AUUAUCUUGCAUGAAUCAAUUGAAUUUCGGUUUACUAAGUUUCUUUCCCACCAAACAUUGGAUGCUAUAGCUAUAAAGGGGGAUCGGUGUUGCAGCUAGGAUGAGUGUCAUAGUUUUGGGUUAUUUUUGAGAGCAAUAUACAAUAGCUCUCGGGUUGGUUUUGGGGUUUCUAACUUUUGAGUAUCAAAAUACUUUGUAACUUCAUCUUGUUUUUCCACAGCUAGAAUCAAGCACCAUGGGUUCACUUCCAGACCAGCAAAACAUUUCAUCAAAUCAAGAAGAAGAGAACAUCUUGCAAGCCAUGCACUUUGCUUCAGUUUCGUCACUUCCAUUUGCUUUGAAAGUUGCCAUUGAUCUUGAUUUGUUAGAGAUCGUAGCGAAAGCCACUACUCCUAGUGGUAUGCUCUCGCCUGCUGAGAUCGCCUCUCACCUUUCUACCAAUAACCCAGAUGCCCCAUCCAUAAUUGACCGAAUUUUGAGACUUCUUGCUACUCACUCUAUUUUAACAUGCGACCUUGUCACCGGUGAAGAUGGACACACCCAAAGAUUAUAUGGCCUUGCACCCGUAGGAAAAUAUUUUCUUCAAAAUGAGGAUGGAGUUUCCUUUGCUCCAUUGCUACAUGUCUAUCUUGAAAAAUACAUCAUCGAAUGUUGGAAAUACUUGAAACCAGUAACAUUAGAGGGUGGCUUCUCAUGCGUCAAAGCAUUUGGGGUGCACUGGUUUGAGUUGCUGGGAAAUGAUAGUGAAAUGUCAAGCACGUUCAAUAGAGCAAUGUCCGUUUACACCAUUCUUGUGAUGAACCAAAUUCUAGAAACUUACAAGGGAUUUGAGGGUGUAAGCCAAGUGGUAGAUGUGGGAGGUGGAGUUGGUACAAAUCUUAAGCUCAUAGUUUCCAAGUAUCCACAAAUUAAGGGUAUUAAUUUUGACCUCCCUCAAGUCAUUAAAGAUGCACCCGAUUGCCCAGGGGUGGAGCAUGUAGCAGGAGAUAUGUUUACAGAAAUUCCUCGAGGAGAAGUCAUUUUCAUGAAGUCAAUGCUUCACGAUUGGGGAGAUGAUCUAUGCUUGAAGUUAUUGAAAGUAUGCUAUAAUGCACUACCUCAGUCUGGUAAAAUUGUACUCGUGGAAGCCCUAAUACCAGAAGUACCCAAGACUGACAUUGUGACAAAGACAAUCCUUCAACGUGACCUUGGCUUGCUUCACAUUCUUCCUGGGGCAAAGGAGAGGACCAAGCAAGAGUUUGAGGCAUUGGCAAAACAAGCUGGAUUCGCUUCUUUCAAACUUGUUUGUCGUGCUUAUAACCAUUGGGUGAUGGAAUUGCACAAAAGUGCGAUCAACGACUCAGCUUAGUCUAUCAUCGUCAACCUUGCUAGUUUCAUCAAUAAUCAUCAGCUCCAUGAUCCACGAUGAUCAGCUGGUCACCCUUUUUUUCUUAUAAUAAAAUGUUUAUCGAUAAUAUUGCAUGUGUCUUAUUAGCUAGCUAGGCUCUAAAGUUUAAAUUUGGUACUCUUUAUCUUUGUAUUUCCUAAAUUUAGUGAGAAUGGAAUGAACUUAUAUAAA